UUACAGUGGAGAUAUGUAUUGAUCUGUCACUCUAUUCAUUGGAAGUCGAUAUUGGUUGUAUCUUGCUGCACGCAAAUGAAGGCCAAUAAGCUUGUGAUACCGUUGUAUCAACCGAUCACCAUACUAUACAAUGUUAAGCUGAUGUACUUUCAGAACCUGUUAAAGUAUAUAUUUUAUCCAGGAUGGACGUGUUUGGAUCAUCAGUGACGAAAUAUUCAGCACGUCUGCUGUCAUCUGACAGUGUUGAGUGUAGUGAUGCUAUCACCAGUGCAAAAAUAAGUGAAAUACGACUAUGAUAAAAACAUACCCAUUAGCUAUUCGGUUUGAUAUUUGUUCUCUCACAGUAGCAUACAGAUCUGGGCUAAUAAAUUUGAGUAACUGGACUGAACUGCAAUACAAGAGUGGUCUUUAAAUAUUUGUAAUGUCUGCUGCAGAUGUGCCAAUACCAGUUAGUAAUAAGAUGUUGCCAGGAGACAAGACAGGGUUGCCAUGGGAGAUCUGGCAGAUGAUCCUGUCAUGUCUGUCCGCGUCAGAUCUGUGUCGAGUGGCUUGUGUGUGCAAGACUUGGUCGGACCUGGUCGUCAGUUUGGAUUCUACCAGGUGGAGACAGUUAUAUCAAGCCUGCAGUGAGUGGCGCCACCCAUUUUGGCCCCUGAACACACACGCAGAGCCCCCCUCCUGGCGGCUGGCUUACAGAGACCAGUACAUAUCAACAAAAUUUUGGCGCCAUAAACAAAAACAGGAGCUGUCCCAGUUUUCAUGCACUGCCAUCUUCAGAAAAAGCAUCACGCAGCGGAAUAUCCACGUGGGCCCGGGCAUGGGCCAUGACAGUUUAAACACUGCAUUGUCGUCCGCAAACCCCUACGACAGAAUCGUAAUUCAUCCGGGGAUUUAUGAUGAGCAGUUUGAAGUGGCGGCGAAGAUUCCGUUUGAGAUGGUUGGCCAUGGGGAGCUGGGCAGCGUGAUCCUGGUGGUGGGGAUACAACAGCUGACCACUAGCACCAGGCUGAGUAACCUGGUGCUGAGGGCGCCUUGGUUUACAAGUUUUAUUGUAAUGGUGAACACAGGUUACCUGCAGAUAGACAACUGCAUCAUAGAGAAUGGAAUGAUCUGCGCCCAGAACCCCAGCACAGUCCACAUCAAGUUCUGCACCUUCCGCCACGCCACCGUUAUCCUGCAGAACAUGAACACCAGCAUCAUCGAGAACUGCGAGUUCUCCCAGAGUGACAGCGCCAACAUCAUCAUCGAAGGCUACCCGAAAGAUUUCAAAAACUGGUCCUACUCGUAUUUAAAGGAGCGGAGCAACGCUAUUUACCAACAGAACCGGUCUCUUCACAGGAAGAAACACAUCCUCAAAGCCAGCAACAGCAUGACGUCAACAAUCCGCUCGUCCUUCACAGCUAAAUCCAUGACCACAGUCCAAUCCGGCCAACUUUGUGACUCCAUCUCCCACGACCAAAGCUGUAGCUUUGAUGAGCCUGGGGCCAGUUUUCUUAACCCCAGCCUUCUUGGACCAAAAUAUCUUGGCUCAGAAAAAGACAGCUCUGUUGGCUGUGGAGACCUUCAAUCACUCUACCAAGACUCAACUUCCACUGAACAGAUAAACCUCCACCCCUCGGCUGUGUCUUUAUCUAAACACCCACAAGACAGCAAAGAAAAUAAUUCACCAGAUAAUUUAGCUAAAACCCCUUCAGGUAAUUUAUCUUCUAAUGAAGAAACAAAGGAAUCGCAACAACUAAGUCAGAAUGGCCUAAGCGAGAAGUCCCCUGCAAACGACGUCGUACCGUUAGUUCAUAAACAAUCUUCGUUAAAAAGAAACGACAGGAGGAAAAGUGUCGACAGUCGUGUUGGUUUUCAAGUGGACGAAAAGUCCAAAGUUCAUAUUCAGGGACUACUGGAUAGUGUACAGUACUCUGUGAGCGCCGAUGCAAACAACUCAAACAAUUAUACCCCAGCUAAAGAGGUAAAAUCAAAAACAGUUCAAAAAGCAGCGAAUCAAAACAAGCCAUCGUGCCCUGAUGUAUCAAACAGCAAUGCUGUCCUUCAUGUUGUACCUUACACUGUCUCCCAGCUACCCUUGGUGAGUGUUUGUGAACAUGAGAACAACAACCCCCAGUCCCAGGGUGAUUCUCUUGGACUUGGCUCAUCACCUCACCAAAACCUGGCCAUUGAUAGGUCGCAGCCUGUGUCAGAUGAGGUUCAAAAUCAAAAUAAUAAUUGUAAUAAAAUGUUGGUUGACGGUUCUCAAACUGUGAAAUUGGAACAUAUUAAUUCUCACCAUUCGGAACUAAAGUGUUCACAGGAUAUUUCUCCAGGUACCAGUCGUUCUAAUACUACUCUGACUGGCUUAAGUGGUUCUCAACAUAUUUCAAUUUCACAAAACUCUAGUGAUUCUCACGCUAAAUCUGGGCCCAGUGGUUCUCAUAGCUCUCAGACAGGACCAAGUGGUUCUCAUACCACUAUUGCUGGACCAUGUGUUUCUCAUAUUUCACAAGACCCCAGUGGCUCACCUAUUUACGCUGGGCCCAGUGGUUCUCAUUGUACUCCGACAGGACCCAGUGGUUCUAACCUUACUCCACAAGACCCCAGUGCCUCACAUAUUCACACUGGACCCAGUGGUUCUCAUCAGAUGGAGGCAGGCCCCAGCAAUGCGGGAUGUGCCUCAGCCAAUCAACAUGCAGGAGACAAGAAAAGCCCCACGAAGCCCCCCAUCAGAAGAUCACAGAGUGACGAAGUGCUUCUAGAGUCUGACGAGGAUUUAUCUUCAUUAAAUGAUUUUGAGGACUCAGUGGUGGGGUCCAUAGAAGACGCCAAUGAUGGUCACAAUGCCUUGAGCAGUAGUGGCAGUGACAGCAGUGACACAGAGAGCAGGAACUACACCAACUCAGAAGAGAACUUCUCAUCAGGUGAGGAGUCUGUGAUCAUGCUGCCUCACCUGCAGGAGAUCCACCUGGACCACCCUGACAUGGUCAUGUCACCACGCAUUGACCACCCCGGGCUGAUGACCUCACCCCGGGGCCUCAAGGCUGAGAUUGAAUCUAUCAACAGCGAGUGCACCAGGCCAGUCCCAGUCAAUGUGUCGGAAGAUUCCCUCAUGAGUUCUUACGUGGGUCAGAUAGAAGGAUGCCUUAUCCACCAAUGCCGGAUGAACCACAGUAAAGGUGGCGUUGUUGUCAGCCUACAGGCCCAUGCCAUUGUGUCUGAGUGCGACAUCAGCAACGUGGGCUAUGGCAUACGCUGCAUUCAGAAUGCACGGGUAGUUAUAUUGAAAAAUAAAAUCCACCACUGUCGGACAUCUGGCAUUUUUAUGAGGCUGGCAGCGUCAGGUCUGGUCGCAGGCAACGACAUCCACUCAACCAAUGAGGCUGGGAUUGACAUCAGGAAGAGUGCCGACCCUCUGGUCCAGUACAACCAAAUUCACCAUGGAAAAAGAUCAGGAGUUGUGGUUCUUGGAAGUGGGCGUGGUCACAUUAAAAAAAAUGAUAUCUUCAGCAAUGCAGAGGCUGGAGUUUACAUCCUGUUUGGGGGGAAUCCAACCGUCAGUGAGAACUACAUUUACGAUGGGCGGGCAGCGGGUGUGGCUAUCAAUGCUGGUGGGAGAGGCUGUGUCAUAGACAAUGUUAUCCGGGGCAACAAGUGGGGAGGAGUUGAUAUACGAAAUGGUAGCUGCCCACUGGUCAGUGGCAACACCAUCAUUAAUGGUCUCAGUGAUGGCAUCGUUGUAGGCGCUGGUGGCAAGGGCAUGAUAGAAAACAAUUUCAUCAGUGGUAAUGUAGGCUGCGGCCUGUGGCUGCUAUCAGCCAAACAUUUGUAUAUCCAUGGCAACCAGAUCUGUAACAGUGGUCACUGUGGAAUUAUGUUGGUGGACAUGUCAACAAUCAGCAUGGACCAGGAGAGGCUGAUGCUGGACCUCAGCAACAAGACCUACUCACACUACGACGACAACUGCCCCUUCCCAGAACCAGAGGGGGAGUUUGCUGUUAUACAGUACAACAAUAUAUACCACAAUAAAGGUCAAGGUGUCCUGAUACAAAUAGAUGAGGAAGUGAAGUUGUUACACAACGCCAUCCACGGCAACCAGAAGGAUGGGAUCCUCAUGUCCCAUGCUGCCCCUGUGGUUGUCAUUGGCAACAGUGUCACCAGUAAUGGCAGGAAUGGGAUCGUCACAUCCACAGUCGAUCAGAUAGCAGUAUCUGGCAACGGUAUCUAUGGCAACCUCCAACAUGGCGUCAUAUGCCGUAACCAGUGUGUGAUGGAGGACAAUGACAUCGUAGGACAAGCCCUGUGUUCUGUUGUGGUUCAAAGUGGUGCCGACCUCCAGCUGAUUGGUAACAGGCUCUGCUCUUCACACUCCCCCGCUGUCAAGGGGGAGGAGUCAUCUGUCAUUGUGGCUAAAAGUAACAAAGUGUAUGACAGAGGUGGCGGAGACUUUUCUUCUGAUGGGCAGUUGACAUUGACUGACAACUCCACCAUUAGCCCCUUAAAUGGCUCAAAGAAACAAUCCAAGAAUGACGUGAUGAAAACAGAUUUCCUGACGGUGCCAAAGCCCCGCCCACACAUCACCACCCCGCCCCCCUUUACAAUAAUUCCUAGCCACACCUCGGCCAUGGCGACUAAAGUUGCCUCUCGACAUUUCUGUGACCAUCGGAGCAAGCUGUGCUCCAUCCUGUGAGAGUUAGGACUUCAGGUCAUGUUUCAGGUUUCCAUGCUCAAAUCUAUUGUUGAUAUAAAGAUUGCCUUUAUUUGUGCCAGGUUUUUCUGUAAAGUUAUGUGAUAGUUAUUUAUUCUAUUUUUUUUUAUUUUGAGUAAUUUAUUUUUAAUUUUAGAAAGUGUUCACAUAUUUAUUGUGAUUUUAAAAGCUAUAAAAAAGAUGACUGUGUUAUGUAAUAUUUUAUAACAACUUGUUGUCCACUAACUGUUGUGGACAACAUGUUUUUUAUUAAUUUAUACAUUUUAUUUUAAAUUAAAUUCUUG